CUGCAGAUAUCCAAACUCCAUCGUGAAGGACUACAGUAUAUGCAAAAACAGGUGAAAGGCUUCUAUGAAUUAAUGCUAGUGACCGGAGCAUCUGCCAACCACUUCGAGGAAUCGUUGUCGUUACUUCGCAAUGUGCGAGAAAAUCUCUUGCCACAUCUGGAGUUGAAAAACUACACAUUCAUUUAUUACGAUCUUGGCCUCAACGAAAGUCAGAAAGGAGAAAUUUCAAGGAAAUGCCGUUGUAAAGUUCUAACUUUCCCAUUUCAUCUAUUUCCGGAAUUUUGCAGCUACUUAAAAUGUUACACAUGGAAACCUCUCAUUGUGAAUGCUCACAUUGCUCAAACUCAGCUGCUCUUUUGGAUGGACGCUUCCAUUAGAUUUUUUUCAAACUUCCGGAAAUUCGAACGAUUACUUGAUCGAGCACGAUUCAGAGGCCUCCAGUCCGGAUUGGCCAGACACCACAUCCCGCACACUACCAUGACGCGAACGUUUCAUUUUUUCGGAGACGAACCUUGCUCCUACCUCCCUUACAGGGAGAGUUCGAGCUGCUUUUGGAUAUUUCACAACGAGUACUUUGUUCGUAGGUCAGUCCUUGAGCCCUGGGCUGCUUGUGCCCUUGACGACAAAUGCAUGUGUCCGCUUCAUGUGGUUGACCCAAAAGUAGUGAGGACCAUGUGCAGACGCAGGGAAGGUCUAUAUCACUACGGCGUGUGCCACAGGUUUGACCAGUCAGCUAUUUCGAUGAUUGUUGCAAAGCUGUACCAGGAAAAGUAUGAACACAUAUUGAUGCCCAAUCGACGUGAAUAUCUUGAAAUUCGGCGCGGAGAAAAGCUGGGCAGAGAUUAAAUUUUGAUUUCAGUACUCAGUAUUUGGUAUGAAAGAUUAUUGAAAGUUUAGAAUGAGCGUUUGUAUCUCCUUGAGUUAAAUUUACUUUUUAUCACCAUCUGGUGCCUUGCCGACUGACGUGGGCGAUCAUGGACCUCCACUUUACUCUGUCUUGCGUUGCCGCAAUAAUGUCCGUCGUUCUUAUGGUCAACCUGUCAAGAAUCUUUUUCCUUUGCCUAUCUCUGCCUCUCAUUCCAUCAAACGUGUCUGCUGUUACAAUAUUCUCCAAUACUUCCAUCUGCAUUGUGUGUCCAAAUGAACUUCGCCUGUCGCUUUCGUAUAUAAAUAACUGUUACCACAUUAAAAAUAUGAACUCACUUAGUCCAGAAAAAAUGGAGAUAGUCUCUUUGUUUCGGAAACCCGUAGGUGACCAGUGUAUCGACUUUGUUUCCUUAGUUGCUUUGCACCUGAUAAGAACAACAGGAUUACACGAAAACGGUAUUGGACGACAAAAUUGCACAAAUCAAAAAUAGGUAGAAACAGCCAAUGGAAAAACUGAAAAAUUGUGACUGAUGCCGUUUUCCCCCUGUGAUAUUCUCUUUUUUUGUUUGUUGCUGCAGGAAACGUAUCAAAGCCACAGGGAAAUACUGCAUAAAUAACGAAAGUGUAAGAAUGUGAACAGAAAUGAAAUUGGUCAGGGAACAUAAUAGAGAACAUCAAAUUUAUUUUUUUCUGCUGUGAAACAGUCAUGCAAAUACCACAAAACCAAUUAGAUGUACGAGCUUACAAUGCAAGAGAAUCGGGGUUCGAGGGCAUGGACACAAGUUAGAUAAUUUAGGAGGCGGGCUUCUGCUGAUGCCCAUCUGGGUUGAAAAAGAAACACUAUUCUCAGCAGAAGGACAUGGAUACAUUGUACUAAAUAAAAUGCCACCUCACUAGAGAAUCGCACUUGAGUCUUUUGGAUGGGACAGCGAAGCACCUUACUACUACUUCAGUUUUGGUGAAAAUUUUACAACACUUGCAAC